CGAGUGUGUGUUCUACCUGAUGAGGAAUAUCGCUCAAUAAGACAGUACCUAAACGAGCAGAACCAGGUGCUGAACAGGGAAUCGUUCGGCUUCUCCUAUUCUCCACAAGAACUGGGUAGGACAUCUAACCAAGCCAACGCUAGCCGGAUCCGUCUCGACUUGAACGAUCUGAAGUGGCUUUACACCUCGCUAGCUCAAAUGCGCGGUUAUGACGCCUCGGUACCAUACUUGCACUCACUGCUUGCCGAUUGCUGGAUUGUGCUGCCUGAACGCUCCGAGCAAGAUCCUUCCUCAGUGUGCUCUGAAGUGGAUUGUGCUCAAAAAGUGCGCAAGGAGAAGCAAGUGGAGAACCAGCAAAUGACGAGAAGCAGCGAUACUGCUAGAAAACCCAUGCCAGGCGAUACUAUCGACUUCCCACUGAAACAUCUCAAUCGGCACCUGCUUGCGGUCGCUCAGUUUGCCUGUUCGGUUGUUGCCGGCUUCGUAUUUGGGUUCAUUGGCAUCGAGUUACUUGUUGGCCAACUUGACUUUGGUUUCCGAUUGCUGUUAGGUGUUAUGAUUGGCCUCAUCGUGGCGCUGUCGGAGAUCUAUUUCUUGGCCCAAAAGUUGAACGAAGAAGAUGAUGUAUCACUACCAUCGUCUCACCCUACAUUGCAAAGCAUGGCAAAAAGCACCCAGAAGACACACCAGGACUAAAUGAAAUAAACAACCUACAGGACAGAUUCGUGUUGCUUUCGCAUCGUUUUCUAUUUGCUGUGAAAAAUGACUAAAACUAGCGUUUUAUGCCGUGCACGAUAUGAAAGGAGGCUGCAACGGUGAGGCAAGCAUUUUU